AUGGCUUCAAAUCGAGCACGUCGUAUCGCCAAGGAGAUUGCCGACAUACAUGCGGACACGCACUCGCAAAUCACCGCGGAGCCGGUAGGGAACGACGACGAUAUCACACACCUCCGCGGGACCUUCCCAGGUCCGCCGGGGACUCCGUACGAAGGUGGUACAUAUGCAGUGGACAUCAAGAUUCCCACCGACUACCCGUUCCGGCCCCCUGUGAUGAAGUUCCAAACCAAGGUCUGGCACCCGAAUGUCAGCAGUCAAACGGGCGCGAUUUGCCUGGAUACCCUAUCCACCGCCUGGUCGCCCGUCCUCACCAUCAAAUCCGCUCUCCUCUCACUGCAGUCACUACUGAGCACGCCAGAACCGAAGGACCCGCAGGACGCGGAGGUCGCGCAGAUGCUGUUACGCCACCCUAAGGAGUUCGCCCGGAAGGCCCAGGAGUGGGCGGUCAUAUAUGCGGGGGCGCCGAGGAAACACGCGGGAGAGGGCAGUGGCGGGGCGACGGAUGAGACCCUGCGCGAGCUGGAGCUCAAGUCUAAGGCGGAGCAGGAGAAGGAGGAUCUCGCCAAGUAUGAUGGCUACAACAAAGACCUGAUCGACCGCUUCUGUAGCAUGGGUUUCGACGUCGACCGCGUGGUAGCGGCGUUCAAGUACUAUGGCAUCGAUCGGAUGGAGGGCGAGGAUUAUGAGCUGGAGGAGGCAUACAUGGGGGACGUCACUGCACGGCUGCUGGGUGAGCCGUAA